AUGGUUCUUGUUUUCAGGAACGGCUCAGGAAGGCUCGUUGUGAUCAUAUUUUCCAUCGUCGUCGUCUUAUUUGUUAUUCAUCAGCUCAUUCCCAUGGAAGAUUUUUCAUUCUCCGGCGAAUUGUCUGAGUCACUGGAGAUAAUCAAAAGAUGUGCUCACAAUAACCGCGAAAUCUUGGACCCUUCUGCUGGAAUGGUAGUUGCGGGAGUGCCCGACAUAAUCCACCAGAUCUGGAGGACGACCGAUGUCCGAACGUAUUCUACGGAACUGGAAGCAUCUCAUGACUUAUGGAAGAUCACGUUUAACCCUAUCAACUACACUGUUAAAAUCUGGACCGACGAAGACGUACUCCAACUCCUCGAGGCCAAGUACACCUGGCUAGUCUCCACAUACAAGGGAUACCCACAGAAUAUCCAACGUGCCGACCUUGCUAGGCUGGUAGUCGUUCAUGCAGAAGGUGGUAUCUACGCAGACCUAGAUGUUUAUCCCCGUGACGCCACGCAGAUACAAUGCCUUCGGCAUCUUGGCCUACAGGCUAUCUUCGCCCCCACAGCAGGAACCCUUGGCCUAAGCAAUCACUUUUUUAUGGCAGAGCGCGAGUCCUCGUUUCUUCAGUGGGCGCUCUACGAGGCCAAACGGCGCGGGGGCGCGGAGUCGCCACGCGUCCUCCUACCAUACCUACAAGUGUUUUGGACCACGGGCCCGAUGAUGGUGACGGCGGCGUUUCGGGAGUACGCGUGGUUAUACAGUACGCAGCGGCAAAAACUGGGCCUGCUGGACGAAAGAUACGGGCGGGCGGUGAUACAGCAUGCGGCAGGGAGAUCAUGGCACGGGUCGGACGGGAAGGUCUUGAAUUAUAUGGCGGAUCAUGCGCAGAAGGCGGUGUUGAUGGGUCUUUUUAUUCUAUUCACACUUUUUAGCCUUGUGUACGUUGUCAGGAAACGUUGCUAUAAGUACAGAGGGCUUUUUGCAUAUCGCGUUUAA